AUGCCACCAAAAAAACAGGAAUAUUACAAGAAAAAAGAGCAAGAUCAUGUAAUUAAUAUACUAUUGAGAGAUGAUGACAUCGUACCAUUACUAGAAGGUGAUUAUGAACAACCUGCAAAUGUAUCACUCGUACCAUUACUAGAAGGUGAUUAUGAACAACCUGCAAAUGUAUCACUCCUUCAAAUCAUGCAUCAAAUAACAAUGAUGAAGAUAUUACAGCCUUUAAUUCUUUUAACUACAUUAAGAAAUGAUAUUGAUUUGUCUCCAAAUCAUCCAUUAAGUGAUCAUGAUGAUAUUGAGGUUUCAAACAUUAUUAGACAUAAAGAGAUCACAAAACGAAGCUUAAAUCCAUUAAGGCUUCCACUGUUAGUUCCAGCAUCAAAUAAUUCAAACAUCAAUUCAAAUAAUUUUUCACCAUUAUUAUCAACACCAAAUAAUUCAAACAUCAAUCAUAAUAAUGUAUCAAGUGGUGCCAGCCAAUUUGAUAGCAUUUUUGGGUUAAAUGAUGGAGCUAUCGACUCAGUUCAUGUACUAAUGGCGGAUGGGAGACGAUUUACAAUGCCUAUUUCUUCAAACUCAUCAACCUCAGUGCAUCAUCAAGAUGACAAACCAGUAAGUACUUUUGGUGACUUUCGUAACAAGGAAUCAAUUAAUCCGCAAAUGGAAGAGAUUGCUGCAUUCGUAGAUAAGUCUGUAACGGUCCACGUGCUAAACCGAUGGUUAAAUGCCACAAAAAUGGACGAAUUACGAGCCAAAAUUCAAUGGGAGAAUUUUGAUAUAGCAAUGGGUGGUAAAGUUUCCAGCAAUAUCAAAGAAUUUGAAGAAAGUGGUACUGAAGAAUUUGAAAGUAGUAGUAUUGAGAAAUUUGAAGGAAGUAACACCAAGGAAUCAAAAGGUAUAUCAAACAAGCUGAAAUAUUAA